GUUACCGUUGGUGUCGCGUCGACCUGCUGAACUUCAACAUGUUCCACCGGUGUGUUUUCCUGUUGCUCGUCACCCUCUUCGCCGUCUCUCUGGCUAAACCAGUCCCAGAGUCAGACUCAGGAGAAGCUGAUCCAUCUCCAACUCUCGCUGCUGACCUCAGUUCUGACGAGCCUGAAGUGGACGAAGAUAACUCUGACGACGAUAAAGAUAAGACAUCUGAAGAUGACUCUACAGAGGAGGAAGAGGAGAGCAAGGAACCAAGCACAGAAGAGGAAGAUGACGCUGAGGUGACUGCUGAGGACCCUGACGAGCCUUCUGAGGAGGUUACUGAGGAGGCUACUGAGGAGGCUUCUGAGGAGCCUUCUAAGGAGGAUACUGAGGAGGCUACUGAGGAGCCUUCUGAGGAGGCUACUGGCGGGGCUGCUGAGGAGGCAUCUGAGGAGCCUGAAGUCGAGUCUGCUGAGGCGGGUUCUGAGGAGCCUUCUGACGAGCCUGAUGUCGAGUCUGCUGAGGAGGGUUCUGAGGAGCCCUCUGAGGAGCCUUCUGAGGAGCCUUCUGAGGAGCCUUCUGAGGACACCAGUGAUGGUUCUCAAGAGGUUUCUGAGGAAGACGAGAAUGCUGCAGAGGCUUCUGAAGUUGCAGUGGAAGAUGAUGACUCAGAGGAAGCUGAAACCGCCACCGCAGCACCAGAGGAGUCUGCCUAGCCGCUCGACCUCUGACCUGUGGCAGCUCCUGGACCUCAGAGCCUGCGGAAUACAGUCGCCAUGACAACAACCAACUAAACUGCAUCCUAGCUUCAGCCUCCAUCUUCCUGUUCUUCCCGUCCUCAGCUUCUUCCUGAUUCGUUCUCUUUCUUUUCAAACUGGCUGCCUUACUUUUCAUUAAAAAAAAUUAUAAAAAUGAAUAAUGAACCCUGAACCUGUGUGUCUCUCUGCCUGUCUGUCUGCCAUCAGUCUACCGUAGAAACAUUAAAACAGCUGCUGAUCUCA